CUCCGAGUUGCUGCUAAAGCUGGAGCGCGGACGGGAUGUUUCGUCUUAAUGCCCUCUCUGCGUUGGCAGAACUGGCCAUGGGCUCCCGCUGGUACCAUGGAACAUCUCAGCCCACACAGACUAAGCGGAGACUGAUGUUGGUGGCGUUCCUUGGAGCAUCCGCGGUGACUGCAAGUACCGGUCUCCUGUGGAAGAAGGCUCACGCAGAAUCUCCACCGAGCGUCAACAGCAAGAAGACUGACGCUGGAGAUAAGGGGAAGAGCAAGGACACCCGGGAAGUGUCCAGCCAUGAAGGAAGCGCUGCAGACACUGCGGCCGAGCCUUACCCAGAGGAGAAGAAGAAGAAGCGUUCUGGAUUCAGAGACAGAAAAGUAAUGGAGUAUGAGAAUAGGAUCCGAGCCUACUCCACACCAGACAAAAUCUUCCGGUAUUUUGCCACCUUGAAAGUAAUCAACGAACCUGGUGAAACUGAAGUGUUCAUGACCCCACAGGACUUUGUGCGCUCCAUAACACCCAAUGAGAAGCAGCCAGAACACUUGGGCCUGGAUCAGUACAUAAUAAAGCGCUUCGAUGGAAAGAAAAUUGCCCAGGAACGAGAAAAGUUUGCUGACGAAGGCAGCAUCUUCUAUACCCUUGGAGAGUGUGGACUCAUCUCCUUCUCUGACUACAUCUUCCUCACAACGGUGCUCUCCACUCCUCAGAGAAAUUUCGAAAUUGCCUUCAAGAUGUUUGACUUGAAUGGAGAUGGAGAAGUAGACAUGGAGGAGUUUGAGCAGGUUCAAAGCAUCAUUCGCUCCCAGACCAGCAUGGGCAUGCGUCACAGAGAUCGUCCAACUACUGGGAACACCCUCAAGUCUGGCUUAUGUUCCGCCCUCACGACCUACUUUUUUGGAGCUGAUCUCAAAGGGAAACUGACCAUUAAAAACUUCCUGGAAUUUCAGCGUAAACUGCAGCAUGACGUUCUAAAGCUGGAGUUUGAACGCCAUGACCCGGUAGACGGGAGAAUCUCUGAGAGGCAGUUCGGUGGCAUGCUGCUGGCCUACAGUGGAGUGCAGUCCAAGAAGCUGACCGCCAUGCAGAGGCAGCUGAAGAAGCACUUCAAGGAUGGGAAGGGCCUGACUUUCCAGGAGGUGGAGAACUUCUUCACUUUCCUGAAGAACAUUAAUGACGUGGACACUGCGUUAAGCUUUUACCACAUGGCUGGAGCAUCCCUCGAUAAAGUGACCAUGCAGCAAGUGGCCAGGACAGUGGCGAAAGUCGAGCUGUCGGACCACGUGUGUGACGUGGUGUUUGCACUCUUUGACUGCGACGGCAAUGGGGAGCUGAGCAAUAAGGAGUUUGUCUCCAUCAUGAAGCAGAGGCUGAUGAGAGGCCUGGAGAAGCCCAAGGACAUGGGCUUUACCCGUCUCAUGCAGGCCAUGUGGAAAUGUGCCCAAGAAACCGCCUGGGACUUUGCUCUACCCAAAUAGUACCCCACCUCCUGCACCUUAGCACCCCGCAAUCCUGGAGUGGCCUUCAUGCUGCUGAUGCUUCUGGGAGUAGUGCCCACAUCCCCAUCUUUCUGGAAGUGACCUCUGGCCUCAGCUGGCUGACCUCUCCAUCCUCCCCUGACCCAGUCAGUGUUCCGCUAGGCUCUGAAUCUGCAGUCAGAUCAAAGGUCUAAGACAGGAACAAGUCUUCAAAACAGAGACCAUAGCUCCCUUAACCAGUGCCCCGUGGGUAAAUGCGGGGAGCCCUCCCACACUGGCAGCCCCAGGAGGCAUCUCUGCAGUCUCUCACUGUGGAUUUAAGUAACACAAACGUCCCUGCCAUCUUCCUCCCACUGUUUUAAAGCUGCAAGUUUGGAAAUACUCUGGCAGGCAAAGGGAAGUCUGUGAUGAACGGUAAUGCAGAUGACCCUGGUACCCUGAUCUGGCAGGGCACCUGGUCAGGGGAAGGGUCUGCGUCAGACACCAGCGGCACCAGGAAGGCUCUUUGCCACCAGCACAGCUCCCGAUUCAAAGUCGCUGCUUUGAGCGGCUCUCCAGAACCUCCUGCUCUUUUUUUUUUUCCUCCCGGGCUCCCUGCGAUGCCUCCUCUGGGACUCUGCUUCACUAGAGCCAGGGCUGAGCCCCUGUUCCUUGUGUCUUGUCCCCUCUCUAUAGACCUGCAGAGCGCAGCUCAGAGCCUGUCUGCCCUCUGUCUAAUACACUCGUAAAUAUCACUUUAAUUAUAGCACUUUGCAGGAAA